GUUCCCCGCUUGGUUACCGUGCUGUGUUCUGCUUCUACCGCCUCAUUACAUUCCUACGAAACACAGAGGGCUUGUUUCCAUGAUGCGAUGCAUAGAUUGGUUUCGUUGUUUGAACUUAUGUGUAUAGCAUUGUUCGAGUGAGUCUGUUUCACAAUUAGGAGAGCAGAAGCUAAAUAUCUUUAAUUUACUUGUAUAAUAUUAUAUUGUAUUUACUUGUAUAGUAUUGUAUUGUAUUUACUUGUAUAGUAUUGUAUUGUAUUUAAUUGUAUUAAUGCUUUUCAUACAAAAUUACAACAAAGUCUUCAUGUUAUGUAUCCUGGGUUUGGACAGGAUAUUAACCGCUACAUAAUACUCAAUAAAUGCAAUAAAUUUGAAGUGUUGUAAUUAGUUUAAUAGUAUUGCAUUGUAUUUACUUGUAUAAUAAUAUUGUAUUGUAUUUACUUGUAUAUUAUUGUCAUUCUCUCAUUUCAAUUUUCGUAGAAAUUAGGAUUUUUAGUAUUUUUUAAAAUAUUUAGUUUAUUUUUGAAAUUUAAAUCACUUAUCAUAAUGCACUACCCCAUCAAAUUUAUCUAUUGAGAUUUUUAAUUCGAAUUGCCACAUGAAAUUUUCACCUUCGACAUGAUCAUUUCAUGCUAAUGUUAGUCUGAAAUGCAAUGUAGUAGUACACAGAUAAUACCUCAUGUGAUAAUGAGAGAGUAAAGGUAAUGUUAUUCAAUUCCUGUAAAACUAAAGUGUAAAGUGCACCUACUAGUAGUUUAGAUAUUAUGUACACAGUAAUUGUUAAUAUCGUACCAUAUGGUGGUUGAACGGUCAGAAACUUAAUCUUAUAUCUUGCAUUGGUGUUGAUUGUAAAGUAGUGGCUUGUUGUAAUCGUAUCCAAGCGGUCUAAUUGUCAUUUCUGUUCAGGCUUUUUAGUUAAUCGAUACCGUUUUUGAAUUAUUCUUAAGAAAAUCUAGAUUCAUACCUCGACUGCAGAUCAUGGCAACAAGUACACAGGAAUCUGAUAAAGACGAACUGAUAGAAUCAGAUCACAUCGAAUAUGGUAGCACAGAAGAUGAAAUAGCCACCAAGUCUCUUGAAGAAAUAUACACUAUGAUUGGUGUUGGAAAAGCGCAGUACAUGUAUUGGACCAUUUUGGCAGUGAUAUGUUACGUGGAUGGCUCUGAAAUGGUUCUAAUUUCUACUAUUGUACCUGUAAUAAGGUGUGAAUGGGGGUUAAGCAUUGUUUGGGAGACCCUGAUCAACGUUAGCGCUUAUUUCUUUAGUGCUCUAGGUGGAGGAGUGUUUGCAAAGUUUCCUGACAUCUACGGAAGAAAGAAAAUGAUAGCGAUAGCAUUAACUCUGCUGUUCCUCACUUCAAGUGCCUCAGCAUUUGCUCAAACUAAAGAGCAGUUCUUCAUACUGCGAUGUCUCAGUGGAGUCUGUAUGGGAAUUACUUAUCCGACCUGCAACAGUUUCACUGCAGAAAUAGUGAAGAGCACCCACAGAGAGGUGGGACCCAUGCUUUGUAGCUUGUUUUUUAAUAUAAGUGUGUUCCUAGCUGCUGUUUUGGCAUACUUGUCUCUUAAUACAUUAGGAUGGAGGUGGUUUGUUUUCGUAAUGGCUGUGCCCCUGCUAGUUUGUUUAGUUCUUCUGGUGUGUCUACUACCGGAAUCUCCACGGUAUCUAGCUGUGAGUGGAAGAAAGAAGGAGGCUAUGGAGGCCCUUCGGCGCAUGGCGAAGGUGAAUGGGGUGUCUCUUCCUGAGAACUUGAAGAUAGCUGUACGAUCAGACCAGGAACUUGGCUCAAUCUCUGACAUUUUAAAAUCAGAUUACAGGAAAGAAACCAUUCUCCUCUCCAUCAUGUACUUUGGUAAUCUUCUCAUACUGUUUGGGACGAUUGUAUUCGUUCCGUUGGCUCUCUACUCCGGGUUCUGCGGAGGUGAGGGUGAUCCUCCUGUUCACAAAUGCGUUGAAGUUCAGCAGAACUCUCUUCUAGAACUUUCCAUAGUUACCUUUGCUUGUGUUGUUUCCUCUUUUGUUGGAUAUGGUACCAGCAUUAUAAUGGGCAGGUCAAUCUCUCUCAAAAUAUUUGCAACUGUCAGCUUUAUCACAAGUAUAUUCCUCUUCAAGUGCUUCUCCAACAUUGUGACAGUGGGACUGUUCUUCGUUAUCAAGUUCAUGCAGGUGUCCCACAACAUUGUGACACUAAUCAUAGUACCUGAGCUGUACCCCACCACCUUCCGUAACACUGCCAUGGGUUUUAUCAACAGCUGGGGCAAGCUAGGAGGAGUGGUGGGAGCUGGGGCUGUUUACGCGCUCUAUUACUACAGCCCCAUGUUAGUGGUUGUUAUGUUCUCUGGUGCUGCGCUGAUGGUGGCUGUUGCGUCGUGGAUCUGGAACAAGGAGACUAAGGUUACAGUUAUAAGGGAUGUUGGGGAGGAUGAUAGUUCCAAUCAAUCAGAGUCGUGGUGAUUUAGCAAUUUAUUUUUGCUGGCUUGGUUAUUUUAUAGUUGUAUUUUAGGAACUUAUCUGUUGUUUAUGACCCACUUUUCUAUCAUUGGCUUUAUAAAUGUUAAAUUGUAGCAGCAGAACUUAAAUAACUUUUAAAGUUUAAACCUGAAAUACAGCAAUAAAAUGA